AACCCCGAAAUGGACGGUUCUACCGUUUUACGAAUUGCGACCGAACUCAAGGAAUUUGGCAAUAAAGCAUUCAAGGCUGGUGACACCGAGCUUGGUUUGGAUAAAUACGAGAAAGGCCUACGCUACCUGGCAGAAUACCCGGCGCUUGUUGAGGGUGACCCACCCCAGGUGUUUCAAAGUAUCAAGGCGUUGAAGUUCAUUUUGUACUCCAACAUUGCGCUUCUGCACAACAAGCAGAAGGGAUAUAGGGAAGCGGAGGAUGCCGCAACCAAAGCUCUUGCCAUCGAAGAGGUGGCUGGACCCGAGAGAGCGAAGGCACUGUACAGGAGGGCCACGGCGAAGGUUGCAUUGAAGGAUGAGGAUGGUGCGUUAGAUGACCUGAAGGAGGCACAUAAGCUUGCACCCGACAACGCGGCCGUGACAAAGGAGCUGGACGCAGCUAAAAAGAAGCUUGCAGCCAGAAAAGAGAAGGAGAAAGAGGCCUACAAGAAGUUCUUUUCCUAGAUGAUUCGUGGAGCUUUUUUCAUGUAUUUUUCAUACUAUAACUAGGGGUUUUUUAAUUGUA